AUGCCACGCCUAACCGUGACGGCGCUCCUCCGCCACGCCCUGCGGUUCCUGGCCCCCUUGUCGAUUGCAUUGACCGUUUACCUUUACCUCUACCCGGUCUUUAACACCUGCGCCUUUCCGUUACCGCCCGCCCCGGAUUCCAACACCCACGCUGCCGACACCGGGAACGCAGCUUUUCUUGAGACUGCCAAAGUUCACUGGCAGUCGGCCGCGGGAACUACCGAGACCCCGACACGCUUUGUCCCCUCGCGAACCCCUGCGCCGUUUCGCCUCCUCACCCUCGGCGACCCCCAACUCGAAGGCGACACUUCCAUCCCUACCGACUACCUAGGCGUUUUCCCGCACGCGAAAAGCGUCUUCAAGCAUGUGACGUUCCAGUCCGAGCAGUUCUCCCUGCGGUACCGCAUCCGCCAGGUCUUCCACGACAUCAUUGAUAUCUUUUUCGAGGACAUUUUCGAUGCGCUCGAGUCGCUGCGCAAGCGUAUGGAUCACGUCGGCAACGACUUGUAUCUUGCCCAUAUCUAUCGGACCGUACACUGGUGGUCUCGUCCAACUCACGUCACCGUCCUAGGUGAUUUGUUGGGCAGCCAGUGGAUCGACGACGACGAGUUCUACCGCCGGGCCGCCCGUUUCUGGGACCGGGUGUUCCGCGGUGCGGAGCGCGUGCCAGACGAUGUGGCCGCGUACCCGGCGGACGAGUACGAUGUGGCCGGCAGUCUUGGAGGUGGCCACUUCAACGAGUCAAAAACAUGGACACGACGUCUGAUCAAUGUCGCCGGGAAUCAUGACAUUGGCUACGCGGGUGACAUAAACGAGGAGAGAUCCGAGAGAUUUGAGGCUGCAUUCGGCAAGCUCAAUUACGAGCUCCGCUUCGAACUGCCACUGAGCAACGCGCCCGUGGCGGGGACCACCUUCGACGCUGAUCCCAGCUCCAACCGCCUGGUCCCCGAACUCCGCAUCGUCGUGCUUAAUGACAUGAACCUUGACACUCCCGCCGCGUCCACGAAACUCCAGGAUGACACAUACUCUUUCAUCAACAAGGUCAUCAACACCGCCGCCGCUGUCGAGUUCAAGGGUCAAUUCACCGUCAUUCUCACCCACAUCCCCCUGUUCAAGCCUGAAGGUGUUUGCGUCGAUGAUCCGUUCUUCGACUUCCAUGAACACGACGGCAGCCUAAGGGAGCAAAACCAACUGAGCGACGCUGCUAGCAAGGGUUUCCUGGAGGGAAUUCUCGGCAUGUCAGGCAACGUGAACGCUGCUGGUCGCGGCCGUGGCCGGCCGGGGAUCAUUCUCAAUGGUCACGACCACGAGGGUUGCGAUACCUGGCAUUUCGUUAACCAGUCCGUUACCGAUGCCGAAGAGCGGGCGUGGGAGGUAAAGCGCUGGCGUCAGGCCACGGGCGCCGGUAUCAUCGGCCGCGACGAGCUUCCCGGCGUUCGGGAAGUUACUGUGCGGAGCAUGAUGGGCGGAUUUGGUGGCAACGCUGGGCUGUUGAGCAUCUGGUUCGACGAGGCCAGUUGGGAGUGGAAGACAGAAUACACGACUUGCCCACUCGGGACCCAGCACUUGUGGUGGCUCACACACAUCUUGGAUCUCGUUGUUGUUGUAGGCAUCGUGUUGUUAGUCAUUGUUACUGCGCUUUCCGCCAUUGGGGUGAAUAUUGAUGAAAAGGUGGAGAGGUCGGUGGCCCGGCUGUGCACGCGGCAAGCGCGGUCGCCCACGGACAGUGGGCCAGUGAAAGUUGGAAAGGUCGGCAAGGGCGGCGACCCAGGAGAAAAAACAGGGCCACCUGCAUAUUAG